AGACAAAUCACACAUUUGGAUAUCCAUCUAGAAGACACAGAUUGUAAGUUUACCUUUGAAAUAUCCUCAUUUCACAAAACUGACUCAGCAGUUCCAAUUACUGUGAAAAUGAAUGAAUCAAUGAAUUUUCUAACACAAGGAGUGACCAAGGCCCUCACAUAAUUCAAGUGUGUUGCUGAAGUACUUUUGUUUUACUAAAUCAUACUAUAUAUAUUUGUGUAGGCAUACACACGAUUUGAUUAUUUUUCUUUCAUGCAGUUUAGUGAUGAUGAAUGACUGAAGACUGGUACAGUAACUCUUCCCUGAUCUCUUUCAUGCUGUUAAAAUACUGUAUUUUCACUCGAUAUUUUGCAUAAAAGAUUAAUUUAAGAAAUUGACAAAAUAGACCAAUAUAAGAAUAAAGUUUUGGUGAACCAAAAGUCUUCAGACUGAAAAAAACCUGAAUGAAGAAUAUAACUAAUACAUAUGAGGUAGAAAACUUUUAAAUCUCCCAGUGAUAUUCAGAGGAGCCAAGCAACAAGAUCAAUGAGUCUGCAAUCUAAGGGAUCUUCCUCUAAGCAGCUCUACUUAGAUUGGUAAUGUGAUAGAGGGAGCAAUUAAGAAUGUGAGGAAGGGAACAAAAAAUGCAUAUAAACCAUUUAAAAUGCAUAGUCUAGAAACAAAGUGACUCCUGUGACCUGAGGUGCUGCCUAACAUUUUUGGGAUGAUUUCUCCUGCUUGAAAUACAAGACAAUUGGCAGACAAAAUAAAGCACUUCUUUUAACCUUAAUAUUAAAAGCCACGUACUGCAAUCUUCAUGACUGGCUUGAGCACGAAACUCUGGAGUUUGCAGUGAGAACUGAAGAAAGUGAACUGUGAUAAGUAUCUGGAAAAGGGAUCUCAGUUGCAUAACUGAAAGGCAGCAAUAUAGGCACUAGUGGUGAGUAAUUCUAAAAUCCCAUAGCAGAAAGAGUAAAGACAGGAAAGUAUUACAUUUAGUGGAUGCUUCUGCUGCUAUUCUUUCUUGAUUAAGGAUACAGAAGACUACAUUUAAUUUGUGUAAGAAGAGCAAAUGCAAAAUAGACUAUUUCUUUGGCUAAAAAAAAAAUAGAUGCAAACCUUUGCAAUGUUUCCUGUAAAUAAAAACUUACUACAGCAGUACAAGUCAGUUUGGGAUGCACAUUUGUUUUUUGAGCUGAGCUGUUGUUGUCUGAGACAGAAACACAGAAGAUUCUGAAAAGUUUUGUUAUGCCCUCUCUUCUUUGAUUUUCCUACUUAUGCUUAUAAAUUAUUUUAAAUAUUAACAGUAGUCAGUAUUGUAGUUAGUAAAUUUGUAUUAGUUAGCGAUAGAUACACCAGCUGCUUGGAAUAAGCUGUAAUUAAUAGAAAGUAAAAAUGCUAUUUCUGGUGGGGGGAAGGAAUUGCAUUCAAAUUUGAAAUAUUUCUUAAAUCUGCUAAAAUAUUUACCCUUACACAUCAUCUAGUAAAGCAAGGUGAUGAGCAGGCCCUUACUUCCAACGCAGUUCUUGGCUGUUCAUUAGCACAUAUGACAUCAGCCAGAUAGUUUUAAUCUCUGCUUUGUACUGAAGAAGUUGGUCUACAGGUGAAGAUGCUGGCAUUUGACCCUUUUCUUUAAACAACAGACAAUACAAUACAGACUUUUUUUGUCCUUAGCUGAUCCAACAUAAACACCUUUAUGCACAUAUGUUCAUUUUGUGGUCUGCCUCAUUAUAAUCUGUAAAAUCUGGCUCCUUUUAUUCAUUGACACUUCCAGUUUCCACUUGCAACUCCUUGCCACCAGUGGCGUAAGUACAGCAAUUACUGUCUUGCAUGUCAUUUUGAAAAUUGUCUCUUAACGUAGUCUAAAUGCUGGAAGUACAUCAGAGAAACUACCAGUUGUAGACCAUGGCUAGGCCAAACAGCACAGUGACACCUUUCUGAUGAGCAUAAGGCUGCCUAAGACACUAGUGUUCGCUCUUUUUGCUGUGUAAAUCCUUAGGUCUUUUACAGCAGAUAGAACUUUUCAUGAAAGCCACUUGUAUCCUGGGCUGCAUCCCAAACAAUGCGGGCAGCAGGUAGAAGGACCGGAUUCUCUGCCGGCGGUACAGCGGUCCCGACCACCGUCACGGGCGGGCCGCAGCUCAGCCUGGCCUGAGUAUCUGGAUGAGGGGACAAUGACGGCUGACAGACGGACAAGGCUCCGUGCCACGCACCGCCGGGAGCUUUCCAGAGGCCUUCCAGGGCCUCCCACCGGCCCAGCCCCGAGCGGCGGCGCUUGACCUCGACAUGGCGGAGCUCCGGGCCGGGUCACGGCCCCGCGCCGCCCGCCUGCGCUAAAGAUGGCAGCGGCGCGCAUGCCCCUUGGCUGCCGCUGCCCUUCUGGCCGCUGCCGCUCUAUGGUCGGCCGCGUUACUGCCUGGGCGCGAGCGGGGGCGCUCUGGCGCGGCCGCCUCGGUGGUGGCGCGGCGCGGUGCACGCCGGGCCGCUGGCGGAAGAGGUGGGUCACAUGACCUCGCGCGGCGCGGCGGCAGCGGCUCGGCGCGGUGUGUUCGCGGCCUAGCGGGGCCUCAGCCGGCCCAGCGCCUCCCCCGCGCCAUCCCCGCCCCGCUCCGCAGCCGAGGGAUUGUGACUGCAAGAAUGUCUUUUCCACCUCAUUUGAAUCGCCCUCCUAUGGGAAUCCCAACACUUCCCCCUGGGAUCCCACCUCCACAAUUUCCUGGUUUUCCUCCACCUGUACCUCCUGGGACCCCUAUGAUUCCUGUGCCAAUGGGCAUUAUGGCUCCUGCUCCAACUGUGUUAGUUCCUACCACAGUGUCUAUGGUUGGAAAACAUUUGGGAGUCAGAAAAGACCAUCCUGGCUUAAAGAACAAAGAAAAUGAUGAAAACUGCGGUCCCACUACUACUGUUUUUGUAGGCAACAUUUCGGAGAAGGCCUCAGACAUGCUUAUACGGCAGCUUCUAGCAAAAUGUGGUUUGGUUUUGAGUUGGAAGAGAGUACAAGGGGCAUCUGGAAAACUUCAAGCCUUUGGAUUUUGUGAGUACAAAGAGCCAGAUUCCACCCUACGAGCACUGAGACUACUCCAUGACCUCCAGAUUGGAGAGAAGAAGCUGCUGGUCAAAGUUGAUGCAAAGACAAAGGCCCAGCUAGAUGAAUGGAAAGCAAAGAAAAAGGCAUCUAAUGGGAACUCCAGACCGGAGACAACAAAUGAUGAUGAUGAAGCACUGGAUGAGGAAACAAAGAGAAGAGAUCAGAUAAUUAAAGGGGCCAUUGAAGUCUUAAUACGAGAAUAUUCCAGCGAGCUCAAUGCCCCCUCCCAGGAAUCUGACUCUCACCCCAGGAAGAAGAAAAAGGAAAAGAAGGAGGACAUUUUCCGCAGAUUUCCAGUGGCCCCACUGAUACCUUAUCCACUCAUCACCAAGGAGGAUAUAAAUGCUAUAGAAAUGGAGGAAGACAAAAGAGACCUGAUAUCAAGAGAGAUCAGUAAAUUCAGAGACACACACAAGAAACUGGAGGAGGAAAAAGGCAAAAAGGAGAAAGAAAGACAGGAAAUUGAAAAAGAACGCAGAGAAAGAGAAAGGGAACGGGAGCGUGAACGAGAAAGGAGGGAGCGUGAAAGAGAGAGGGAACGUGAACGAGAGAAGGAGAAGGAACGGGAGCGUGAACGGGAGCGAGAUAGGGAUCGUGACCGAACUAAGGACCGAGACAGAGACCGCGAACGAGACAGAGACCGUGACAGAGAUCGUGAAAGGAGUUCAGAUCGCAACAAGGAUCGGAGCAGGUCGAGAGAAAAAAGCAGAGACAGGGAAAGAGAACGAGAACGCGAGAGGGAAAGAGAACGAGAACGCGAGAGGGAACGGGAGAGAGAGCGGGAACGGGAGAGAGAACGGGAAAGAGAGCGGGAAAAGGAUAAGAAGAGAGACCGAGAAGAAGAUGAAGAAGAUGCCUACGAACGACGAAAACUGGAAAGGAAACUUCGUGAAAAGGAAGCUGCAUAUCAAGAGCGUCUUAAAAACUGGGAAAUCAGAGAACGAAAGAAAAGUCGGGAAUAUGAAAAAGAGGCUGAGAGGGAAGAAGAAAGAAGACGGGAAAUGGCAAAAGAAGCCAAACGGUUGAAAGAAUUCUUAGAAGAUUAUGAUGAUGACAGAGAUGAUCCAAAAUACUACAGGGGUAGUGCUCUUCAGAAGAGGCUACGAGACAGGGAGAAAGAGAUGGAAGCAGAUGAACGAGACAGGAAAAGGGAAAAGGAAGAAUUAGAAGAAAUUAGACAGCGUCUUCUGGCUGAAGGACAUCCAGAUCCUGAUGCAGAACUCCAGAGGAUGGAGCAGGAGGCUGAGCGGCGUAGGCAGCCACAAAUAAAACAAGAGCCAGAAUCUGAGGAGGAAGAGGAAGACAAGGCAGAAAAAGAAGAAAAAAGAGAAGAGCCAGAGGAAGAGGAGGAGGAGCCUGAACAAAAGCCCUGCCUUAAACCAACUUUACGACCCAUCAGUUCUGCUCCAUCUGUUUCUUCUGCUAGUGGAAAUGCAACUCCUAACACACCUGGUGAUGAAUCUCCCUGUGGCAUUAUAAUCCCUCAUGAAAAUUCACCUGAACAACAGCAACUGGAGGAGCAUCGGCCCAAAAUAGGACUCAGCCUCAAAUUGGGUGCCUGCAACAGUCCUAAUCAGCCCAAUGCUGUAAAAAGGAAGAAACUUGCUGUGGAUAGUGUUUUCAAUAAAUUUGAUGAUGAAGACAGCGACGAUGUGCCCCGGAAAAGGAAACUCGUUCCCCUGGAUUAUGGAGAAGAAGAUAAAAGCAAUAUCAAAGGCAGUGUCAAUACAGAAGAAAAGCGCAAACACAUUAAGAGUCUCAUUGAGAAGAUUCCCACAGCAAAACCAGAGCUCUUUGCUUAUCCUCUCGACUGGUCAAUUGUGGAUUCAACACUAAUGGAGCGUCGAAUUAGACCAUGGAUCAACAAGAAAAUAAUAGAAUAUAUUGGUGAAGAAGAAGCCACACUAGUUGACUUUGUUUGCUCUAAGGUUAUGGCUCACAGCUCACCUCAGAGCAUACUGGAUGAUGUUGCUAUGGUACUAGAUGAAGAAGCAGAAGUUUUCAUAGUCAAAAUGUGGAGGUUGUUGAUAUAUGAGACAGAAGCAAAGAAGAUUGGCCUAGUGAAAUAAAGCGCUCUCCUUGCUUCUAGGGUUCCAUUUCAAUUUUGGGCUUUUUUUCCCCCCAUUGUUCAGAGACUUUGAAUUCUCUCUGUUCUCAGAGACUUGAGACCUGUAUUUUUUUAUGUAGAAAAUGUGAAUUUUUUUGUCCUCUGCUCUGAGGCCCCUUUUACCCUUCUCAAUUAGUUAUCGAAUCCUGCAUUGGUUCUCUUUAUAAUACACGAGGUACAAUUACCGGUAUGUUUUAUAAGCUGCAGCUACUGUACAUGCUCUUUGGUAAUUUUGUUAUGUUACUUUGAUUCUUGUAAAUAUUAAGAAAAAAAAAAUCCCCUGUUUCGCAAAACAUUUGCACUUAACGUGGAACUAUAUCAGUUACAGAUGAAGACAAAGGAUUUUACUGCAAGUUUAUCAGUGUUUUUUUGGGAGCGUACUUCCCCUUUUUUAUUUAAAGAAUGAUCAAAAUACAAUUUAAAAAUUAGCGUCUUGAGCUGUUUUCACAGAACAGCUUUGUGUGUUUGUUUGAUCUCUUCAUCUGACUGGAAAAGAAGUUCUUCAAACUUCUCUUUCUAACGUGAACCAGUAGUAAUCUUGGUACUUUGUUGCCCAGUAAGAAUUACUAAUGAAGCUGGGAAGCUAAUCUCUUACAGAUGCUCUGCUUCUUUCCCAGAAAGUGCAAAUCACAGGAAGUUUUUUAUUUGCUCAGUUAAAACAAGAGCGGACCUAAAUUCAGUAAGUGCUAUCUAAUGGUUUUUUGUUUUUCUUCUGCUCAAUUUCAUUCUAGCCCUUACCUUUCCCUUACCUUACCCUUCUGUCUCCAAAAUAAUCAGAUGGUUUUUUUUAAUAAUGAAAUUAUUUUAAAAAUUUUUUUGAAGUAUUUAGAAACAAAACAAAAAGCCCUGUUUGGAUGUAACCGUCUCUUUAAAAAAACAAAAAACAAAACCAAAAACAUGAAAACUAAACCAUAAGUUUUCAAACAAAGUUGAAAUCUUGUUUUUAUCCAUACUGUUAAACUAGCCCUUACUUUUGUUUUCUACUGUAUGCAGUCUGUUGUCCACAAAAAGAGGGUAAUAUUUUCCUGCCUUGUUUGUAUGUUUUUUUAUAAAUAGACUGAUAUGGUAUAAAUAAUGACAUGUACUGUAAACUGCAUUUUUUUUAUCUCAUACCUGGGUAAGAAGUCAAUUCUAUAAUGUGCUGUGAGCUGUUUUGAUUGCAGGAGGACUGUGUUCCAGGGAGCAAACAGUCUCAAAAUUAUUUUUAAUUUUUGAAACACAAUUCUUAAUAGCAAACAAAUUAAGUAAAGGUGUUCCAGUAUCUCUAUAUUGUAUUUAACUGAAGGAUACAGGUUGACCUGUUCAGAAAACAUAACUGUGACCUUGAGUUACUAGUUCUUUGUAUCUGGAGAGGACACUUGAAAACACUGUUCUUAACAAAUGGGAUCGUGUAAAGGUUCCACCAUGUAAAUAUUUCAGAUAUUAAAAAUGUAUAUAUUUGA